GUCGCCUGACCUAGGUACUUCGCGCUCAAUAACUUAGGUAGGUAGAGUACCUUACUUAAUGACUCCAUACAACUCCAUACCCGUACAGAUGCAUGCAUUAUGAGUGAUGGAGAUACUGUGAUGCCGUAACCAUUUUCAUAUAUUUUUGCCUUGCUUGUUCGCUUCUUCUUCUUCUAAACCGCUCUUCACGCCGAGAUCAAUUACAGCGCCGAAACUACAGCGAGGGGUACCUACUCCGUACCUUACCUGGUAGUCGCCUGAGGUCGGCCCAGCAUGAGAGCGCGGUAUAAAGGCCCUGCCGGCACAGGAGUUCUCUCUCUCGACGACGCCGCCACCGUCGCCCAGAUCUUCGACGAGAUUCGAGCCAAGUCUGGCAUCGGCGAUUUCACCCUCAAGUAUGGCUGGCCCUUGAAAACCCUCGAUGCCUCUCACAAGGCCGAGUCCGCAAAGUCGCUCGGUCUCAACGGUGAGACGUUCACUAUAGUUCCCAACGAGACCACGGCGCCACCGGCCGCCGAAGCGCCCGCAUCAUCAGCGUCUCUCAGCGGGUUGAGCUUGAAGCGCGACACGUCUUCUUUCCUCUCCGCCCCGACCCCGCCGACUAAAGGUCCCGAGGGUGUCAGUAUUCCUUGGCCGGAUCGCCAGGGCACGCUCCUACUUCGCGUCAUGCCCGAUGACAACAGCUGCCUCUUCACAGCCUUCGGCGGCGCCCUACCCCGCCAGCUGCCGGCCCCGGAGCUCCGCAAAAUGGUCGCCGACUACAUCCUCGCCCACCCGGCGGAGUACAACGCCGCCGUUCUCGCCAUGCCGCCGCACGACUACGCGCGCGCCAUCCAAGGCCGCGACCGCUGGGGCGGCGCCAUCGAGCUGGCCAUCUUCUCCGACCUCUUCGACGUGGAAAUCUGCACCUUCGACGUCAAGGGCCAGACGCUCCUCCCAUUCGGCGAGAACAAGGCCACGCGCUGCCUCCUGGUCUAUUCGGGCAUCCACUACGACCGCGUCGCGCUGAGUCCGUCCGAGCCGCCCUACACGCACUCGGACUUGCCCCCGGAGCUGGACCAGACGAUGUGGCCCACGGACGACGAUGAGGUCCUCGCCGUGACGCAGCAGCUUGUCGCGGAGCUGAACAAGAUGCACUACUACACGGACCCUUCCGAGAUCUUGUUGCGGUGUGAGGCGCCCGGGUGUGACUGGAUGGGGAGUGGUGAGCGCGCUGGCCGCCUGCAUGCCGAACAGACGGGCCACGCGUCACUGUCCGAGAUUGAGGACAACGCUUUGCUGAAAUGCAAUGCCCCUGGAUGCGAUUGGCUCGGAAGCGGGGAAAGGGAGGCGAAGAAGCACACAAGCGAUAUGGGACACAGUUCGCUUUCUGUGAUUCCGGAUUUUUGAUGUUUUGAAUGAGGCAAAAGAGGUGACGAGGACCCAUGAUCACGAGAUGAGAGUCGCCUCGGGGCGCUCGUUUACUUUCAUUGUUCGUUUUUAUCUUCGUUUUAUCUUCGUUUCUUCUUCCUUUCCACUCUGCAAACAGGAGCACAGCAUUCGCGGACUUGUGCAUAGGACAAAUUCAUACAUACAUAUCUAUCUGCAUCUACUUGUCACUCUUAUAUGUCAAACCACCCCCGAAGCUAAUCUCGCUGUUGGCCCCGCCCGCCUCGACCUUCCCCUCAGCGACGCCGGUCGGGAACGUGCAGCCACCGAGAUCGCGCUUGGUCACCGAGGCGGCGGCGGCGGGGGAGAUGUCAAAGUCGAAGAUGUCCAUCGGCAGGCCC